UGGAGCUUGCAGAAAGCUUCAGAGAGUUCAACUCCUUAUAAUCUUCAACUCCAAAGUAACCUAUCCGAGGUUGGAUUCAUUUCUAGGAUUCCAUCAAGGCGUCUUUCAACAAGGCUACAACUAAUUCCUACCAUCUGAUAACCAAGUUCGCCAUAAUUAAAUCUACUUCUACAAGAUCGGAUUCCGAAGAUACCUAUUUUUACAGAUUGCGAAUUGAUCUCGCAAAUAUGUCCGGUCAAUUUGCGAUUCCUGGCCUGACAACUUUGUCAGCGCCGGACGCAACUCAUGUCAAGACUGAAACGCAGCCUAUGACUUCUCAGCCUUCCACAGAAAUGGAAAUUGACACUCAAGCUCCAUCGAAAGGCAUAAAUCCUUCUGAGCACGUCGAAGUGAAAAAGGAACCCCAGGAAACCAAUGGUGGAGUUAAUGAUGUGCCUAGUCCUCCUUCCCUAACUUCGGCGUUGGAGGCUAUGCUUGGCGGUCUAGAUGUUCCGGAAACCCAAUCCAGCGGCGUGGAGCAGAACGGGCAGCCAGGCGAACAAGAAAACCAAGGCGACCCCGAAUGGGAAGAAGACUCAUCUCCUUACGAGUCUUCAUCCGAAUCUAGCAGCUCAGAUGAUUCGGACGACGAUUCCGAAGAUGGAAAUGAAUUACUUGGCCCUGAGGAGACGGCCCGCAUUUUAAUGGAAAUGGAAGGAGGUUCGGAUGACGAGGGAGAAGGAAAGGCAAAAGGGAGCGGCACUGGGGUUCAAGUCCGAACUAAGCAUGAAAUGCCCGAAGAAGUGGUUCCUAAGCCCGACGUCACCAUAACUCCUGAGAUGGAUAUUACCGAGCUUGGGAUAGUCGAACACAUCGUCCAAAAUACAGUCGUAGUCAAAGCGCAUACGACGGGCGAGUAUCAAGUUAUCGAUACCGGUUCUGUGCUCUGCAAAGAAGAUCGUACUGUCAUUGCAGCAGUCGCAGACUUGAUCGGCAACGUUAGACAACCACGUUACACGGCGAGGUUCACGAACGAGGAAGAAAUUAAAUCGUUUGGUCUGGAGUUAGGGACUAAGGUGUUUUAUCCACCUUCGCAUGCAUCGUAUGUUUUCACACAAGCGCUCCGGGAACAGAAAGGCACGGACGCGAGCAAUUGGCACGAUGAAGAGGCAGGGGACGAUGAGAUGGAAUUUUCAGAUGACGAAAAGGAGGCAGAGUAUAAGAGACAACAAAAAGCUAAGAAGAAGGGUGGCCGUGGUGGUAAGGGCGGCCCAGGAGGCCGAGGAGGUCACAGCGAGACUCCAUCGCUCCCCGCAGAUGGCAGCCUGCCAUACGAUGACGAUGAGGACGAUGGCCCUUACCGAAAGCUAUCAAGGCCGUCAAGCUUCGCGCAAGGUCAACCAGCACCUUCAGAACCCGAAUACGCAAAUGGCUAUCAAAAUGGCCACGCGGGUAACAACUCAUUCCGAGGUGGUAGAGGCAGGGGCCAACGAGGUUUCGGACGUGGUCGGGGUGGACGUGGUGGUCGCGGAGAUUCACGAGGCGGCUAUUCUUUACCACCUAGGCCCCCUCGAGGACAAGACCAUCAAUCUCAACCUCAACAAUACAAUUACCCAGCCCCACCACCGCCUCCAGCCAAUGCGACGUAUCCGCAGCAGCCGCUACAGUUCUACGGUGGUGCAAAUGGCCAACAACCUCCUGCACAGUUCCCAUUCGCAUGGCCACAGAACACAGCACAAGGCUUCGUUCCACCUCCACCUCCACCGCCCCAAUUUAAUAGUCAACAGAAUGGAGCAAACCCCUUCUACAGCCCUGAACUUUUAGCUGCCAUACAAAGCCAGAUGCAGGCACAGUAUAACCAGCAGCAGAAUGGUCAGUGGCCCGGACAUGGCGGUGCCGGAUAGAAUCUCAACACUGUCAUGGACGU